AUGUAUGAUGCUUCUCUUGCAGCAACAUCCGAACGAGAAAUUGUUGAAACAGACAGUGAUAAUAAAAAUGCAAAAUAUUCUCAUACCAAUUCCAAAGCUCGUUCAUGUCUUAAAAAAACUGCAAAAUUUUUAUUUUCUCAUCUUGGUUUAGUUGGUCUUGUGGCCGUCUACUCGGUUGCCGGUGGAUUUCUAUUUGAAUUACUAGAACAACAUCAAGAAAUGAAAAAUUGUCAACAAGCUCAAGGCGAUCAACAAACUUAUGUUAAUCAAUUAAAGCAAACUCUCGUUUCCUAUAUACAAUUUAAUACAACAUCAACUGGCACUGAUUUAACGAAAGAUAAUAUGACAACAGCAUAUCAAAAAAUUGGUUUAAUGUUAAUUGAUUUUCGAACAAAUGUGCUUAAUAUAACAUCAACAUACAGAUAUGAGGGGGAUGAUUGUAGUGAAGUGAAUAAAUGGACAUUUCCUGGUGCAUUAUUGUUUGCUAUAACAAUCAUAACAACAAUUGGAUAUGGAAAUAUAACCCCGGUGACAUGGGAAGGUCAAAUUUGUUGUCUUUGUUAUGCGACAAUAGGCAUUCCAAUAUUUUUACUAUGUGUAGCUAAUAUAAGCGGUGUACUUGGUGAAAUGUUUCGCUUUCUCUAUAGCAAAGUGAUCUGUCGACCAUGUCAUGCGAUUAAACGGAAACGUCAUCGUAUGAAAAUGAAAAACCAACAGGAUUUACAUCCAACACAUAUGACAGCUGGUUGGACAAUGGACGAUGAUUAUAAUAUAGAUACAAGUGGUAGUAAUAAAUUUCAACAGCAAUUUGAUGAUGAUGACUACGAGACAAAUAGUGGUAAAGAUCGUGUAACGGUGCCAUUGACAAUUACAAUGUUAAUUAUUGCCGGUUAUAUAUGGGCAGGAUCUGUGUUAUUUCAUAAAUUUGAAGAAUGGACAAUGAUUCAAUCUGGUUAUUUUUGUUUUAUAACACUUGCAACAAUUGGUUUUGGUGAUUUUGUGCCCGGUCAACGAAAAGAUGAUCCAAAUGCUGGUGCAAAAUUGAUUUUGGGUGCAAUUUAUGUUCUCUUUGGUAUGGCCAUAUUGGCAAUGUGUUUUGAUUUAAUGCAAGAAGAAAUUGUGGCUAAAUUUCGUUGGAUUGGUAAAAAAAUUGGCAUCAUUGAAGAUGAUCAUGAUUUUGAUGAACAAUCACAACAACAAGUUACGAUACAGGAUGAAAUCAAUGAGACAACAACUGAUACCUAUGAUGGCAGCAAUAAUACAAAAAAGCAAAAUAAAAUUUCGACUAGUCGUCGAACACCAUCACCACGAAUUAAUCAAGUUCAUCCAACACCACAAAAUUAUCAUGCAUCCGAUACGUUACACCAACGUUUUACAAAACAUGAUAAGUAA